AGCCAUCAUGCAGGAGCGCAUUAGCUUGAGAGUACGCGAGUAUAGGCGAAUAUUUGAACUUAAACCAUGAAAUGCAUAUGGUCAGUAUAUAUGUGGAUGACUAUAGGUAUCAGUACUCUCUGAUAGACCUACUAUUGUAGCAUUGCCCCCACCACUGCCAAAGGCGAUCUGAUCCAUAGCAGAAAUGGCUGCAUUCCGAAGUUUGACGGCAGAUCACAAACCGCUCAAUGAUUUUAAGCUUGCAGUUCCCAAAGCUCACCGUCCAAAGUCGGUUGAUGCGAAGAACGACGUCGCCGGUUCUGGAUUGCCUAUACACAUUUUUGAAUGGUCGCAGAGUAGUCAAGAUGGAACAGAGAAUAGCAACAUCAGGUCUCUUUCCGAUUUGGAGGCGUUGGACCCGGCAACCGUCCGAGUGAUAUUUGCUCCACGAGACAUUCCUGCUCCAGAGACUGUAGAGGGGCUGGCAAGAUUGUUUGAGAGGUUCAAGAUCCCCAGCGCCUUUGUCGCCGAGAGUAUGCAAAACAUUUCCCAGUCUUUUGCAGCACAGAAGGACAUUGACGGUACAUUAUACGUCUGGUUCCACUUCCUCUGCAAAACAGUCUCCAUUCAAGGAAGUCGGAUAGUCCAUCAGCAAAAAGUCGCACAAGGCGACAAUGACGACGAACAAGCGCGUAUCAACGCACAGAACCAGAGCCAGGCGGACUUCGACUGGCUAAAACCUGGAUUUGUUCUCAAAGUGAGAAAGCCGCAAGGUACGCUGAGGCUGCCGAGUCGCACAAGGACUUCGAGUAGUGAUGCGACCAUGUCUGCCGCUACCGCAGAGUCAUCAGUUGAGUUGUUCUGCUUCGGCGCACCAGAAUCAUUGGGUGACCGGUUCCGUAAGCUAAAAAAUGUUGCAAUCUGCGACGACCUUGUGCAAGAUCCGUACGUUCUGCUGGAAGUGGUAUUGGAAGAGAUGUACAAAGUACUUGAUCAGACCGGUUGGGCGAUAUCUCAUGUCUUCGGUGAAAUAGAGAUAAAGACCCUAGAGUUGGCGACGACACCUGGAAAAGCCAAUCAGUUGCCUCGAGACCAUUUCACCGGUCUGCACAAUCUCGCCAAGCACAUCACUUACCUGCGUGAGAACUGCGAUUCUGCACUUGCAACGCUUUCAGGCCUGCGCCAUCACCACACAGCUGUGAUUGGCGACCAUCCCGAACCAGCUCAAGAGUUCACGCGACAGGCCCUCGAAUAUCGCAAAACUCUCUUUCAAUCCACGCAACGCCGGCUGGCAAGCUUGGACAAGCGCAUGGCGAACAUCAUCCAGCUCUCCUUCCAUCUCGUGACCGUGGGUGACAGCCGAAUCAUGCAAUCCGAGAAUCAGAGCAUGAAGACCAUCGCAGUCAUGACUCUGAUCUUCAUGCCUUUGAGCACCGUCGCUGGCAUCUUCGGGACGCAGUUCAUGAAGCUAGAUGAAGACGCGCCGUGGCACAUACGCGUAUCGCAGGACUUCUGGCUACUGUGGGUAAUCGCGGUGCCGUUGACUGUCAUCGUGGUUGUGAUUUGGCGCGUAUGGUACUACGACGCGAGAGGACGUCUGGUCGAUGAAUUGCCGCCGCGAGGGAAGGGCGAGCGUGGGUGGUUGGGAUGGAAGACGAUGGUGGGAACGAGGAGAAAGUAUAACGUCGUGCGCACUGACUACGAGAAGGCCUACGAUGCAGGAGCAACAGUAGCCUCAACUUGAACACCACAAUCGAUCUUCUUCAAUCACUGAUGCUGAGAUCGAUCCCUACUCCAUAAACUUCGUCCAUUUUCAAUGCUACAUUGGC